AUGACGUGGAGCUUCAUGCGAAAGUUGCUCCAAGAUCCAGAGAGGCUUGGCAUAUCCCGCUCUGUCUCCGUUCAACCGCCGCUUCAGUUCCAACGCACUUGGAAGACUCUAUACAGUCUACUGAGUAGGGAUGAAGAUAUGUCCAAUCCCGUCAGAAAACGCAAAAGAGGCGAUCCUGGUGACCCGCCGAGGACAUUUAGGAGUAUUGACUCCUUUUUCAAAAGCCCAAGAAAGCAACCACACGAAGCCGACUGUCGCAUACCAAAAAGCCCUUCGGAACACCAAUUACUGACAGACGAAGAGCUUGCUCGAAAGCUGCAAGCAGAAUGGGAUAAUGAUGCUUCUUCGAAUUUCCGAAAUGCCACGCCCACAAAUUCGGACGAAAACCAGGCGCCGCCGUCUCAAGACAUGAAGGCCAGCGACGGCCAGCACCCCAUCCCCGCGCCUCCUAAGCCAUGUAUAUUCGCUUCUUCCAAAAAAAAGAAAAGUGUUCUGUCCCUCCAAACCUCCACAUCCGCGGAAGACACAAUAUCUAUGUCGUUGCCGCUCGAUCAGCCACCUCUAACAUUUAACCCGUCUCUCUACCUCGACAAACUUAGGGAAUUCUGGAAUACCGAGGGGGGCCAUGCUUCCUAUUCGAUAUUGGCCAGGGCGUUCUCUCUAGUCAACAGCACACAAAGCAGGAUCAGGAUUGUGGAUAUCUUGGUUAAUUUAUUGAGAAUUUUAAUCGAAGGGGAUCCGGAUAGUCUGCUCCCAGCGGUCUGGCUUGCUACAAACGCGUUCGCACCACCAUAUGUUCCGCUUGAAUUAGGAUUGGGAGGAUCUGCCAUCUCAAAGGCAUUGAAGAAGGCUUAUGGAUUGGAUAACCUGGGUCUAAAAACUCUUUAUGACAAAUAUGGAGAUGCCGGUGAUGUCGCCUAUGAAGCUAAAAAGAAGCAAUCCUUUACGUUAAGACGACCAAAGCCGCUCUCCAUCAAAGGUGUUUAUGAUUCGCUAAUGAAAAUCGCUAACAGUAAAGGGACAGGCAGCCAGGAAAACAAACAGAGGCUUGUGGAACAGUUACUUCGAGACGCGAGAGGAGCUGAAGAAAGUCGAUAUAUUGUUCGAACCCUCGUCCAGCACUUGCGCAUCGGAGCUGUCAGAACCACCAUGCUUAUUGCAUUGGCUCGUGCCUUCCUCUAUUCAAGGCCUCCGUCGGCUAGUUAUAGGGUUCGUACCAAUGCUGAUCUUAUGAAGCUUAAGAGGGAUGAACUUGCCAGUUUAUAUGCAAAAGCAGAGGAGAUGAUUAAAGCUAGCUACGCUCGUCACCCAAAUUAUAAUGACCUGAUACCAUGCCUUUUAGCAACGGGUAUCUCGGAGGCUGUCCUCGCUAAAUGUGGCUUGGCACUUCAUGUUCCCUUGUUGCCAAUGCUAGGAAGCAUCACGCGUGACUUGACAGAGAUGCUUACCAAACUUCAAGGCAGAAAAUUCAGCUGCGAAUACAAAUAUGACGGCCAGCGCGCGCAAGUGCAUUGCGAUUCAUCGGGAAAAGUCUCGCUUUUUUCCCGCCACUUGGAGCUGAUGACGGAUAAAUAUCCGGAUCUAGUAUCUCUCGUUCCGCAGAUUCGGGGAGACGGUGUGUCCAGCUUCGUCCUUGAAGGGGAAGUGGUCGCCGUGGACCAAGAAUCUGGGGUUUUGUUACCCUUCCAGACGCUUUCUAAUCGGGCGAAGAAAAACGUUGAGAUAGGGGACAUCAAAAUUAAUGUUUGUCUUUUUGCAUUCGAUCUUAUGUACUUGAACGGAGAAGCGUUGUUAGAAAGACCUUUUAGAGAAAGACGUGAACUCUUGCGAAGUCUUUUUGUGGAGAUACCCAACCGGUUUUCCUGGGUGAAGAGCAUUGAUGCAACGUCUUCCGAGUCGGAAACGAUUCUCAAUUUUUUCCAGGAAGCCACAAACGCAAAAUGCGAAGGUAUUAUGGUGAAGGUCUUGGAUGAUGGUACCGAUGGCGAAGCACCCGGCAUCCUCACCAGCGAAGAGUCGUCCAAUAUUUCCGGCGAGAAACAGAAAGGGUCACGAAGGCGCACUUUGCUCUCUACUUAUGAGCCUGAUAAACGACUCGAUUCGUGGCUCAAGGUGAAGAAAGACUAUAAUGCAGCCUUCGAUACUCUGGACUUAAUUCCCAUUGCCGGUUGGCAUGGCCAGGGACGAAAGGCCCAAUGGUGGUCACCAAUUCUCCUUGCAGUUCGAAAUCCGGAAACUGGCUCACUGGAAGCUGUCACCAAGUGCAUGUCUGGUUUUACUGACAAAUUCUAUCAAGAAAACAAAGAGAAGUACGCCGAGAAUAGCAACAAUACUAUCCCAAGGCCAAGCUACGUGGAGUAUAGGAACGAGCCCGAGGUAUGGUUUGAACCUCAGGAGGUUUGGGAAAUUGCUUUCGCAGAUAUCACACUUAGCCCAACGUACACGGCAGCCAUCGGGAUGGCCAGCGAGGAACGUGGGUUAAGCCUGAGGUUUCCAAGAUUCCUCAGGGUUCGUGAAGAUAAAACCAUUGAAGACGCAAGCACUUCCAGCACCCUUGCUGAGCUCUGGAAGAAACAAAUGGCGCGACUGCAAAGCGAAGGUGCUGAUUUGCCGCAAGAAGAAGAAAACGGCUGA